AUGUACAUCCCACAAGAUGAGCAAGAGGCAGCCAUGAGGGCUUGGAAUGCAGAGAAAGACCCUCUUAAACGACGGGCGUUGGAGGAUGAGAAACGGAUGGAGUGGAAGUUGGCAGUGAUGAGAGAGAAAAAGAGGAGGAUGGAGAAAGCAGCAGAGGCGGCAGAAGCUUUGGAGGAAGUGAAAACGAUAGAACAACAAUUAGCCGCCCAGCCCGAUUUCUCAAAUCAGAUGCGAAUCGUGGCUCGAAGUAUUGCAUGCCUAGCGCGAGUUCAGGCAGAUCAAUAUGAUUUCAGCAGAAGCCAGGAUAUCGCUGUGCGUUCGAUGAAAAUGGGUUUUCGAGACUUUGCUCGUGAGCUGGUAGGCGCCGUUGGAGUCGAGGUGGGUCAUCGCCUCGACAAGACUGAGCGGUUCUGCACCGGCGCCAUUGAAGGCGUCAAGGCGGCAGCUCCCAAGGAGGAGGAAGCACGUCCUCCUCGCCGGGAGCCUGUCAAAGUCAAGUUCCCCGAUUCCUACAGCGGGAAGAGGGAGGAAAACUUUGACAAUUGGGAGGCCAACGUUAAGACCUAUGUGCACUUGCAACAAGUCUCCCUAGAUCAGCAAGUCUUAAUUGCUAUCCACACACUGAGAGAUGAGGCCGCCAGUUUUGCAAGGUGCCUAGUUCGCGCUGCCAACUGUACUGAUGAUCCCGUUGCGUACUCCUCAUUUACGUCCCUCACCGAAUUUCUGAAGUUGCUGCGCGAGCGAUUUGCUGAUGUCGCUCGCAGUGUCAAGGCCUCAGACAAGCUCCAAACCAUCCAUUCUCGUAAAUGGAAGAGUGCCAGGGCACUCAAGGGUACAAUGGAUGAGUUGGUGGHCGUCCCGGAUCACAAAGUCACAGAGACCCAAUUAGUUAAACUCUUCUAUCGAGCUAUGCCCGAAGCCUUUCAAGGGCAGUUCUUCGCGAAAAGCGAAGACCCUGCCACCACUUACGAUUCCCUUAGUCGUGAGGUGGUGGCUUUUGAAGCAAAGUCAGUAUCUCUGUCUACCUUCUGGUACAAAGACUUGGACAGGGGUAAGCAAUGGAAAGGCCGCACUAUCUCAGGGCAGGUAAAGACCAAGGAUAGACUUGUCCUGACCUUAGAUGAGGGUAGUGUGGAUGAGAUUCCCUACGACCAGAUUGAGUGGGGAUUAGAGGAGGCGGACAGCGGUGUGGGUCAGGGGAGAUCCUACRCUGCUGUCGCGGCCGGAGGGAGGCCGCAAGGAGGACGAGGCCAGGGCCAAGGGGGCCGGGCCUCAGGGAGUCGAUUUCAGGGCGAUCAGGGGGUUGGCGGYAGAGGAGGAAACCGCCAAGCGGGAGGCAGGGGUCAAGGUCCCUCGCAAAACCGUCCUUGGAAUAGGGCUCCCUAUAGAAUAGGAGGAUGGCACCCAGGGCUACCUCAGGGUAGGCCUUGGGAAUCUUUGGGUCUGGAHCAGGCUUUAUGGCAACAACGAUUGGACCGGGGCCAGUGCAUUUUCUGCGGUGACCCGGGCCAUAUCAUCAAAUAUUGUCCUAAGUAUAGAGGGACCCAAACGGCUGCCCCAGGGCCAAAAGGCAGCCGCCGGUAAGGGUAGCAACUGCCCCUACCAUUAGGCCAUGUGGGGAACAUAGCGCUAGCCGGCAGGAGACUCCCACACCACAUGUGCCUAUGGCAGAGGUUGCAGGCCGGUGUCUAAAUAGCUGUCCAGAGACUGCUCGUGUCAGGGUCUCUUUAGACACCUCCCUCACAGGCGUGGCCGAAGAAUUGAAGGAGAGGAUGCCCGCCUGGGCCAAGRUGAAGAAGGAGAACAAAGGGCAGCUUAUAUU